UGAUUACGCUCUGCAGCGCUGAGCUGAGCGGGGCUGUGCAGAAAGCAGUGCAUUUAAAACCGCCCAGGGAAGACACCGCAUUUACGAGGCUAGUUUUGUUUUUUUGCUGUCUCCCUCCCUCCCUCCUCGCCCCGGGUUGACUCUGUCCGGUCCACGAUGAGUUGGUCGAGAGGAAUGCAGCACUGGUUGACCUGAGCAAGUGCUUUUUUUUGUUCUUUUAACCCCACCGUAACACACUUACUCUGCUACUUUUUAUUUCAUUUAAUUGGAUGCCGUGUCGGACUGCUGCUGUUGCUGCCACCCUGAAAGAAAUAGGAGGACCCUUGCUUCUUGCAAGUUGACUGUUUGCCUUUGAAGAAGAAAAGCAAGGUUAUGUAGGUAGGCAUUGCUGUCGGAUACAUCUCCGCCCCGUUGUUUACAUGCUGUAAUUGGAUUUUCCAUCAUUUCCAGCAACAGAGGCAGUUGUAGUAGCUCAGGGUUUCAUCCCUCCUCCUCCUCCUCUUGUUCUUCCUCCUCCUGUUUGGAGCUUAUUGCUGGGUCCAGGUGGUGUCAAGGCUGGUGGUGCUGGAGAAGAAGAAGAUGGGACUACCUGCUCUGGAGUUCAGUGACUGCUACCUGGACAGCCCCCAGUUCAGGGAGAGACUCAAGUCCCACGAACUGGAGCUGGACAAGACCAACAAGUUCAUCAAGGAGCUGAUAAAAGACGGCAAGGCACUGAUCCAGGCUCUGAAAAGUCUGUCAACAGCCAAGAGGAAGUUUGCUGACUCUCUCAACGAGUUUAAAUUCCAGUGUAUUGGAGACGCAGAGACUGACGAUGAGAUAUGCAUAGCCAAGUCUCUUCAGGAGUUUGCAGCGGUCCUGCAGAACCUGGAGGACGAGAGAACACGCAUGAUCGAGAAUGCCAGCGAUGUGCUGAUUAUGCCUCUGGAGAGGUUCAGGAAAGAACAGAUCAGUGCAGCGAAGGAAGCGAGGAAAAAAUAUGACAAAGAGACAGAGAAGUAUUGUGCAGUGCUGGAGAAGCACCUUAGCCUUUCAGCAAAGAAGAAAGAGUCACAUCUACAUGAGGCGGACAACCAGGUAGAUACCGUACGGCAGCAUUUCUACGCAGUUUCUCUGGAGUACGUCUUCAAGGUGCAGGAGGUUCAAGAGAGGAAGAUGUUUGACUUUGUAGAGCCUCUGUUGGCGUUCCUCCAAGGUCUUUUCACCUACUAUCACCACGGCUAUGAGCUGGCAAAGGACUUCAACCACUUCAAGACUGAUCUCACCAUCAGCAUACAGAAUACGAGGAACCGUUUUGAGAGCACGCGGUCAGAGGUGGAGAUUCUCAUGAGGAAGAUGAAGGAGAAUCCACACGAACACAAGAGUGUGAGCCAGCACACCAUGGAGGGAUACCUGUAUGUGCAGGAGAAACGCUCAUUUGUAUCCACCUGGGUGAAAUACUACUGUACGUACCAUCGUGAGCCCAAGAGGAUGACCAUUGUCCUGUUUGACCCAAAAUCAGGAGGGAAAACGGGAGAUGAGGAGAGCUUCACCCUCAAGUCGUGCACCAGAAGGAAGACGGACUCGAUAGAAAAGAGGUUCUGUUUUGAUGUGGAGGCUGUGGACAGGCCAGGAGUAAUAACCAUGCAAGCUCUCUCAGAAGAAGACCGCAGGUUGUGGAUGGAGGCCAUGGAUGGGAGAGAACCGGUGUAUAAUCUGAACAGAGACAACCAGGCUGAAGGCUUGGCCCAGCUGGAUGUGAUCGGGUUCAACGUGAUGAAAAAGUUCAUUUAUGCAGUGGACACUAGAGGUAUCGAUGAUCAGGGCUUGUACAGAAUUGUUGGCGUAAACUCCAGAGUACAAAAACUACUGGGCCUUGCUAUGGAUCCCAAGACAUGUGCUGACGUGGAGCUGGAAAACCACGAGUGGGAGAUCAAGACUAUCACAAGUGCUAUCAAGCACUAUCUUAGAGUGCUGCCCGGACCUCUGAUGACGUACCAGUACCAGAGGAGCUUCAUCAAAGCUGCCAAGUUGGACAACCAAGAGGCCCGGGUUACAGAGAUCCAUGCCCUGGUACAUCGGCUGCCCGAGAAGAACAGACAGAUGCUGGAGCUGCUGAUGAAACAUCUGUCCAAUGUGGCCAGUCAUCACCAGCAGAACCUGAUGACCAUCGCCAAUCUGGGCGUGGUUUUUGGGCCAACUCUGCUUCGCCCACAGGAGGAGACGGUGGCGGCCAUCAUGGACAUCAAGUUCCAGAAUAUUGUGGUAGAGAUCCUCAUAGAGCACCAUGAGAAGAUAUUCAGGGACGUGCCGACUCCUGCAAGCGGUCCGACAAACAUGCAGCUCAACCUGUCCAGGAGGAGAAGCACGGAGAGCAAAGCCCCGUCCUGCAGCGAGAGGCCGCUCACACUCUUCCACACACCAACACAUUCUGUUAAAGGUGAAAAGAAGAACAGUAUUGCCAAUGCCACAGUCGCCGAGCUGCAGCAGCCGAUAUCCUCCACGGUGAACUGUAACAGCAGCAGCAGCAGCAGCAGCAGCAGCCAGGGCCGCACCCCGAGACACAGCCUGACCAGCAACGACGGGGAGCAGGACGCCCGGCAGAUCAGACCCAGCUCACUGUUGAACCCAAAGAGUCGUGGCAGCAUACCAACCAGUGCGAUGUCCCCCAGCCCCACCUCCCCCCGCUCACCCUCCUGGCCCAUGUUCUCCGCCCCAUCGAGUCCGCAGCCGCCGUCCUCCGCCUCCAGCGACUCCUCCCCCGUCAGUAUAACCGGCAGGAAGGCUCGAGCGCUGUAUGCCUGCAAGGCAGAGCAUAACUCUGAGCUGUCCUUCAUCGCUGGGACCAUCUUCGACAACGUGCAUGGCUCCAGGGAGCCCGGCUGGCUGGAAGGGACACUGGACGGCCGGACAGGAUUGAUACCAGAAAACUAUGUUGAGUUUUUAUAGUCCAUGGCCCAGAAAAACACUUGAACUGGACAAACAAGGACUGGAAUUAAACAAAUUGGACUAGAUUUGACUGCACACGACUGGACAGACUCUAUUAGAUCAUUUGUUAAUCUGAACGGGACCAUUGUUGAUGAGGCCUCUCUUGUCUUGACUAGACUGGGAAUUCAAACUGGACCACUGAUUGAAGCCGGACCGAAAGGAGAGACCCAUGAAUUGCACUGAAAAAAAAAGAAAAGAAAGAUUAGUCCCACUGUGGUUCCGGCUGUUAUUGGAUUAGUGAAGAAGACUUCCCAAGUCCUGGUGAAGAUGAUGUGGUAAUGAACCUGGAAUGUGUGCAAGAGAAAGUGUGUGUGUGGCAUGGGGGUGGGGGGGCUGAGAGAGAGUGAUACAUGUAUAAAUUAGGUGAUAUUUUGGAGCUAUACGGCCCUUGCUUUAUUACUUUGAACUGCACUGCCAUUGCUCCAGAAUGUCCUCUUUUCUAUCAGCCAGAAAUGGACAAAUCUGCCUGUGGAGAUGAUGGAGAUGAUGACAGGGAACAAUUUUUUUUAAAAAGCAAUCGGCUUAUACAUUUGGACUUGCUAGUUAAAUUCCUCACUGUUUAAAUGAUUGCUAAUUCCAUUGGGGGACCGAAGCUUUUAAAGAAGGUUUUAAUGAUGGGGUUUUGGUUGUACGGCUGUAAAUGUGUUUGUAAGCACUUGCUGUGGCGGUCUGGUAAUUCUCCAGGACAAGACUCAUCCUGGCUUAUGUUUCAGAGCUCCGGUUCAGCGACAGGAGCCCCAGGGUAGAUCAACACAGAACGAGGUCGCCGCAGAAACAGUUCGCUAAAAGGUCAUCCUUAUUCCAAAUGCAGAGCCCUCAGAAGAAAAUUGAAAAAUUCCAAACAAGCUCCACACGCAAAUCAUAGGUUUACCAUGCAGCGUAGGAGUAACAACGGAGUGCUGCUGGUUUAAACAAGCCCAGCUGCGAAGCCUGGCUCCGCUUCCACAGCUUUGGUAUUUUUAGAUUAUUUUAACUAAAUGGAUCCAGUACGUAGUAUUAAGUUCAUUUAAUUAUUUUAAUUCACAGAGCAUUUUUCACUUCACAGAGCACCCGUGUACCAACCUGUAUCCCAUUUUAUAAAACUUUAUUUACAAUUCAUCUUAUUUAUUUAUUAUAAGCCUGCAUCUUAUUCUCCUUCAACAACUAUUAUUAUGAGCAAACAACUAAAGUAAUUUCAGUCUAAAUAAGUUGUGAGCGUCGUGACCCACCACAUGGAUAUGGUUUUUAUGUAGAACUAUAACGAUGAUGCUAAAACUGUGAUUAUCUGAGGAUGGACAUUCACAUUUGGAAGUGGAGUUUAAAGAUUGUAAUUUAAUAGUAAAUUAAAUACAGAUGUGGUAUUCAUAAAAGCUCACACAUUUGACAAUAAAUAAAUACAAUACUUUUUCCUUUACUGCUUAGAUUGCAAGCUGGUCUACUUUGGGGCUCCUAUGAAUUAACACAUUUUUGAGUCAAAGCUAAACUUUUCCUUGAACCACUUGGUGAACAUUUUUCAAUAACCUUUGUCUUUGUUAUUUUAGAACAAUAUUAAAGAACAUUUAUUCAUUGUAACAGGGAAAUCAAAUGGGAGAGUAAAAAAGCAACUUAAAUGUGAAAUGAGACUACUUUGUUCAUAUCUGAACUUCCUAUUUAUGAGAGUUUCUUAAAGGCUCAAUCCUGAACUGUAUUCAUUUUGAGGUGUUUUAAAUACACAGCAUUUGAUAAGGUAUCAUUUUUUAAGUAUGACAUUUUAUAUUUUGUAUUCUUAGCAUACUAACUUAAUUCCUUUAUUCCAUCUUUGUUGCCCAGAUGUGUGUAUCAUUUAAGUCUAUCUACAGCCUUAAAUAUUCCUCCAGAUGUUUUGGUGAAUUGACCAGUUGUGCAGAAUAAAAGAUAAAUGUUCAGCAGCUGCA